AUGGCGACGGCACUACAGAAACAGCUCGCGACCAUCGCGGCUACGAGCACCCAGCAGCUUGACUUGCGCGCGCAAAAGUCGGCACACGGAAAGUCAUUACUAUUCGAGCCCAAGAUCGCCGCCUCGCAGUCAUUUGAGACUGUUUAUCUGAUUUGCUAUGAGGGGUACAAGGACCUUUGCGCCCUCGACUCGAGGUUCAUGCGCUUUUCCAAGAGUCUAUUCAGCGAGCAGAGCAAGGCUGAGGACCGCACCCAGAUGACCAAGGAUGAGAACCGGAGGUUAGAUACAGCACUCGAGGCUUUCAUUACGCUGGUCGGACCAAGACUGUUGCUCAAACCCGCAGAAAAGGCCCUAGAGUGGCUUGUGAGGAGAUUUCGUAUUCACGAGUACAAUACCAAAAUCCUCGUCUUCACUUACCUACCUUACCACAAUACGCCCCAAUUUCUUGCGCUUCUUUCCAUACUGCCCGCCAGUCCUCCCCACGCUAUUCGCUUCCUCUUCCCAUACAUCCAAGCGCCGACCAAUAUCCCUCAGCGGACCAUCGCCUACACGGCCAUUAAUACACCUCAAUUCUUCGAAGCCUACCAAUCGUACAUUGCCAAGGUGGUAGAGGCAGGUCACCAGGCUUCGCACAUGCUAUCUUUUUGGUCUGGAAUCACCGUCGAAGCAAUUUAUGGCAUACUAAGCAAUUCGAGCUCCGGCAGAAGAGAGCUCCAAGAUCAAGGUACCGAAAAGCUCGUCUUGGACCUGCUCCCUGUGCUCAACACCUGUAUGCAGGCCAAGCACGGAGCCGACACUGUAUUGGCCUGCUACGCCAUUGUCAUCAUGCUGGUCAACCAGGCCAAGGUUGGAGACAAGGUCCUCGAUGGUCUCAUGGAGGCUGUCAUUGCAGCGCAUGAUGAAGCGUCGCUCCAAUCAUGUCUAGGCUGUUUAGCUAUUAUCGCCAUGGAGCGCUCCAAGGCGCCCAUUCCAACCAGAGUAGCCAAGGGCCUACUCAAGACACCACAACUUGUCCAAAAGUUGAUAUUGGUCUCCAACCAGUGUCAGGUCGGCCGACUUGCCUUGGGCUGUGCUCUAGGUGCGCUCAGUGUGAGUUCCGAGGAGAAUCAGGGCGUCUUCCACGAGCUGAUCGCAUCCGGUCUGCUCGGCAGGUGGCGCAUUCAAAUACUUCUUUCAGCCCUCACCCAGAUUCUUUGCGACAGCGCCCCAGGAUCUGAGGAGCAUGGAGAGUUGCUCCAAAUCGCGACAAAACUCGUCGAAUCGAAAGAGCUGUCGAGCAUACUACAAGAGGCGGCCAAACAGAACAACGCAAACCUAGAGUCGCUAGGGCUUACUAUUUCGCAAGACGCGGGGAUUGAGGAAACCAAGGAUGACGAAUCCGAUGAAGAGAUGCUGGAUGUGGACGACGAGUCAACCGAGAAGCCUCCUGUCCAGCUACCAGAACUCACAGUCAGCAGCUUCUUCGAUCGCGACUGCGAAAGCCAGUACAAUGAGACUGCCAGCGUUUUUGAGAUAGCUGUGUCUACAAAGCAAACCAGGCGAUUUCUUGGCUUAGACGGCUUGAAGAAAGAGGCAGCCUUACAGCAUCCACUCUAUCUGUCGUUUCUCGCUCGUGUCUGGACCAGUAUUGCCCCUGUCACCAUCCGAGUCGCCGCCCUUCGUGGCGCGGCGUCUUCUUUUGAAAAGCUUGAAGCUGCACAUCUUCUGCAAAACAUCUUGCCAUAUCUCGUCUCAGCACUUUCAGAUCCGAUUCCACUCGUCCGUCGCUCAGCUGCUGGAUGCAUCGGCCUCAUAGCACGGAAGGCAUCUGCAAAGUCCAAGGUGCCUUCUUGGGGCAAGUCUGAUUUGUAUGGCGAGGCUUCAAAGAAUAUUUCCGAGCUAAAGCCUGAAGAGUUCUUGAUUUUCAUUACUCAGAUGCUGCAGCCUAUAUUAGAGGAAUGCGUCAUGGAUUCAACCUUUGUAAUCCCUGCGCUCAGAGAUAUCCUGGAAGGAGCACAAUCAAAAAACCAGCCCAAGCAAUCGUUCAAGAUGCAGACAAGAACGGCAGUUCUCGGGUUCUUCGCAAGCCAUGCUAGUCUCACUCCGGUUCUGAGAGUUCGUAUGCGCCUGCUUCCGAUGUUCAACAUACGCGGAAAGGUCUCCGACACGAUCCGCGCCAGUUUUGUAAUUCCACUGUUGAACAAGUGGUCUGCUCUUUCAGCUACUAGUGUAUCCACCAGCUGCGCCCACGAAGGUUGCUCCAUUUCGGAGGUUGACCAGGCUCAUCUUGCUUCAACGCUACCGAGAGAGGCGAAGAGCGCACAGCUUUUGCAGGAUAUCAUUACCGGGACCUUGAACAAGGAGCGCGAGGUGUUGGUCAGUGCUGCAUUUGACCGAAUCCACGCUUCCUGGUCUUCAUUCCGAUCAGAGGCACGGCAUUCACUGGCUCAAUGCAUGCUGGGCUUAGCUACCGGUGAAGGUGAUGGGUCUUUGGACAAGCUCUGCAGAGAGAGGUCUGUGGAGACCCUUCGCGAUGUCAGCCUAGAUUCAGCAAUCCUGGUCUCGUUCCUGGACAGUGUCCCUUCCCCCACGGCCAUGCCAGAUGGACCGCCAGCAGCAAAGAGGAGGAGAACCAGUAGAAACGAGAUAGCACGUGUAGAGCUAUCUUCCCAAGACGACGUCCAAAGACUUCUUAGGAAACUCACACUAGUCCUUGAGUUGGUUGAAGGAUCAAACCCAGGACAACAUCCGACGCUGUUCAACAACCUUUUCGGUAUCUUUGCUGAAUUGCAACCACUCAAACAACAAUCAGGAUCUGAGCUAGUAUAUCUACAGAGUAUCAUUCUGAGUUCCCUGAGCCCGAUUGUACAGACCUUGAAGGAGCAAGAUGAAACGACCUCUUAUCAGUCAAGCGUACGCGCCGACCUUCUGAUUGAUUGCAUUCGGCAUUCCAGCAGCCCGCAAGUACAGAACAGCGCGCUACUCUUGAUCUCCAAUCUUGCUUCUUGGGUCCCGGAUCUUAUCUUGCACAAUCUCAUGCCUAUCUUCACCUUCAUCGGGUCUACUCUGCUGCGACAACACGACGACUACUCUGCCCAGGUUGUUGAUAAGACCAUCUCGCGUGUAGUACCCCAACUGGCCGCCUCUCUUCGCUCAAAGCACAGAGACUUCAUUGCCGGUGUAUCCGACUUAUUGCUCAGUUUCACUGCUGCUUUCGAGCAUAUUCCUCUACACAGGAGGAUGAAGCUCUUCGCGGAGCUGGCUCGUACACUGGGUCCCGAGGAUUCCCUUCCAGCUAUCGUCGCACUACUUGCAGAACGAUACCAUAGCAAAGAGCAACGUAGAUUCUGCGCCGACUUGUUGCUCAACUUUGAGCCUGUUCAUACCCUUGUCACCAUCAAAGGCUACCUCGAUCUACUCAGCAAUGCAGUUGCGCCAAAGCCCCAAGUCGCGGAGACACUGUUUGGUUUGAAAGAGAAGGUCAAAGAAAACAGGUUCGAUGUAACAAUCCAGAGCAUGCUCACGUGUUUGGCGGAUCUCGCCCUUGAUGAGAAGAUGAAGGCACAUGUCACGAGGGCAUACCGAAAGAAGGAUGAUCCCGAGAAACCGCGUAAGAUCUUCGCAGACAUCGUCGAAACAACUGUUCAGCUCUCGAGGAAGCUGGUUUCAAGCCCAAAGCUAUAUGCAGGAUGCAGCAGUGUUCUUGCUAACUGCUUGGACCUGCUGCCAACAACUGAUCUCACCAAAUCAGCAGAGCUACUCCUGUCAAGCACAGAUUCGCAUGUACAAGCCGCCUCUAUUAGGUCGGUCGAGCUACGAGCGGGCACCGUCAAGCAGAACGACCGCAAGUCUGUAGAAGCCCUCAUCUCCUUCCUGCCUAGCGCCCAAAAGGUUUUACAACAAUCAGCACUGACGGAUGUCAAAAUGAUCUCGGUCAGCUGCAUAGACCGCAUCAUCGAACGCUUCGGAAAGAAGGAUAUAUCCGCUGUUUCGUUGGUGGCUCAGGUCAUUGCCGGUCCGCAGUCGUUGUUGAGCAGCGAGGAUAGGCUUCGCAUCCUGUCUUUGAUCUGCCUCACAUCUGUCGUUGACGUCCUUGAAGAUGAGGCAAUCUCCCUGCUCCCCACCAUCCUCCCAACAGCGUUUGAGUAUCUGGCACAUGCCAUUGAGACAGAGAAGACAGGGCUCCACAACGCCAUCUUCACCUUACUCUCUAACAUUGUUGAGCGUUUGGGCUACAUGUUUUCGCGCGAAUAUCUGGACAAAGCGCUUCGGCUGUCACAGCGCUCUGCAGCUGCUGACUUGGAAGAUGCCUGCGAUGUCAGCCGCAAUGCAUUCUUUCAAAGCGUGUCAGAGCACCUUAGCGCUCAGGAAGUAUUCGCCGCAAUCAAAUCAACAUGGUCACACGCCGCGUUCCAAGGUUUUGAAGCCUCGCUUGAGCACCUUGAGCUCUUGCGCUCCACCAUCAACGCUCAGACUAAGGUUAAGCUCGUGAAAGCAAGCUCGCCGCUAUUCAGCUUGCUCUUGCAAACGUUCCGCCUACGGGAAAUUGUCCAAUCGGAGAACAACGAGGACAAGGUUGAUGACGAGGAAGUCGAGCAACUCGAAAACAUUUUCAUUGAAUCUGUCAUUGCUAUGGUUCUCAAGCUCAGCGAUGCUACUUUCCGUCCCUUCUUCGCCCAGCUCGUCGACCAGGAAGGCCCCGUACCCACAGAUCUUCAACGCUCCAUUACAUUCUACAAGUUCCUCGCCGCCUUCUUCGAUAAGUUCAAGUCCCUCGUAACCAGCUACUCAAGCUACAUCGUCGAGCCCGCCGCCAAACUCCUCACUCAACUCGCAACCACCGACCUCGCCGUCGCCCCCCGCGCCGCCGUCCUCUCCGCCCUCCAGAAAUCCUUCCAACACGACCAAGACGGCUUCUGGCAAGCACCCUCCCACUUUGGCACAAUCAUGCCACCUCUGCUCUCUCUCCUCGCCUUACCCUCCGCCUCAACUUCCACGCCAGAGAAUAACACAAACAACGUUAUUCCCACAAUCACUGAACUCGCUGCCGCGUCUAGUUCCUCUAUGGAAAAUCACCGCGAGAUGAACACCAUCUUGCUCAAGAAUAUGCGCAGUGAUGACAGGCAUACGCGUCUAGCGACUGUACUUUGCGAGCAGAGCUUGACGAGGAGGCUAGGUGAGGAGUGGCUGGGUUUGUUGCCGGAGAUGCUACCGUUUAUUAGUGAGCUCAUGGAGGAUGAUGAUGAGAUUGUUGAGCGCGAGUGCCAGAGGUGGAAAAAUGGUAUGGAGGAGAUUUUGGGUGAGAGUUUGGAAGGGCUCUAUGUACAUGAAAGGAUUGUUAGAUAA